ACUAAUCCAUGAAGAUCAAUACGCCCUGCACAUAGUCCGCAAGAAAAUUCCGCCAUGAUUGCGCACGUUCAGAAAAUUUUCGCUUUGUUCGUUACGAUAUUCGCUAUUGUCAGUGCUCAAGAGAGCAUAAAUCCACACGAGGGUUUCAACGUCUUUCUGCACGCUGGUAUAGCUUUAUUAAUGAGCUUCGGUAUCUUAGCAUCAUGCGCAGUUGGUGUAAAUGUCCUCAGUAAAUAUUGCGCUAAACGUAUUGGCAAAGCCGAAUAAAAAGUAAGUAACGAUUAAGAGAUGCAUUUAAUUUUACUCUUUAUAGAAUAUAUAUGUGCAUACAGUAUUUUUAAAUAUCAUACAAUAAAUGAGAUAAUAUAUAUUAUUCCAUAAUUUUCAGACUCAUCCCACCGAUAUCGUAGAGAUUUCAAGGAAAUUGUGUGAUUUAGUUGUUUUUUCCUAGCUAUAUUGACUUAUUACGCAUAAAAAGGAUAUAAAUUAUUAUAGAGCAUGUUUUUUUAAUUGUUAAAAAACACUAUUUUAGUAUCUUGUUUAGACCUUUUACCAAUUUUUGUUUGUUUAUAUAUCGUCCAUUGCAUUGUUAUAUUCAGAGAAGAAAAAGUUGGAACAAACCUAUAUAAUAAGAUAAGUCAAAAAAUGUUCUUAAGAAAAUUUAAAUAAUACAAUUUAAAAUGAACACUGCUGAAGAAUUUUUGACAUUACGU